CAGGCGCAGGUCACUAUGGCGGCCCGCAUUGGCUCGAUGGCCGGCUUGCUGUGCGUCCGCUGGUGGAGUGCCGGGCCGCUUGCGGCCGGACGAGGCACUCUGGUUGCGUGUCGGCGUUUGGCGGGCUCCUCGGCCGACACCGUGUACGACGUGGUGGUGUCAGGAGGAGGCCUGGUGGGCGCUGCCAUGGCUUGUGCCUUGGGACAUGAUAUUAAUUUUCGUGACAAGAAAAUCCUGUUGCUGGAAGCAGGUCCAAAGAAAGUGCUGGAGAACUUGUCAGACACUUACAGCAACAGAGUCAGCUCCAUUUCCCCUGGUUCUGCAACCCUUCUCAGUAGUUUUGGUGCAUGGGACCACAUCUGUAACAUGCGGUGCAAAGCCUUCCGGCGGAUGCAGGUGUGGGAUUCCUGCUCAGAGGCCUUGAUCAUGUUCGAUAAGGACAACUUAGAUGACAUGGGCUUCAUAGUGGAAAAUGACGUCAUCAUGCAUGCCCUCACCAAGCAGCUAGAGGCAGUGGCAGACCGUGUGAAGGUUCUCUACAAGAGCAAAGCUGUUGGCUAUGCCUGGCCUGGCCCAUUUUCCAUGGCAGACUCCAGCCCUUGGGUCCAUAUUACCCUAGGUGAUGGCAGCACCCUCCAGACCAAACUGUUGAUUGGUGCUGAUGGGCACAACUCGGGAGUAAGGCAAGCUGCUGGGAUUCAGAAUGUCAGUUGGCCCUAUGACCAGUCUGCUGUGGUGGCCACUCUGCAUUUAUCAGAGGCCACAGAAAACAAUGUAGCCUGGCAGAGAUUCCUCCCCUCUGGGCCCAUUGCUCUGCUCCCGCUCUCAGAUACUUUGAGUUCCUUGGUUUGGUCCACAUCACACGACCAUGCAGCAGAGCUGGUCAGCAUGGAUGAGGAAGAGUUUGUGGAUGCCAUCAACUCUGCCUUUUGGAGUGAUGCUCACCACACAGACUUUGUCGACUCGGCCAGCACCAUGAUGCACUAUGUUGUCUCCCUUCUGAAGCCCACUAAGUUCUCAGCUCGUCAGCUGCCUCCAAGUAUAGCCAAGGUGGACGCUAAAAGCAGAGCACUCUUCCCUCUGGGGCUGGGACAUGCCGCUGAAUAUGUCCGGCCUCGGGUGGCACUCAUUGGUGAUGCAGCCCACAGAGUCCAUCCACUUGCAGGACAAGGUGUCAACAUGGGCUUCGGGGAUAUUUCCAACUUGGUUCGUCAUCUCAGUUCAGCCGCUUUCAAUGGGAUGGACUUAGGUUCCAUGAGCCACCUCACAGGCUAUGAAACGGAUAGACAGCGUCAUAAUACUGCUCUUCUGGCUGCUACUGACCUAUUGAAAAGGCUCUAUUCAACCAGUGCCACUCCACUGGUGCUGCUCAGGACAUGGGGCUUGCAGGCCACUAAUGCAGUGUCGCCUCUAAAAGAACAGAUAAUGGCCUUUGCCAGCAAAUGAGUGCUCCUCUUGUAGAGAUCAUGUUGAUGACAACAUCUAGCCCUGUGUCCAUCUAUGUGUUCCCAAGAUUGUUUAAUAAAUUUAUACUAGAA